AAGACAGAGAGAGAGAGAGGAUGGGGGCUUCUGCUGCUGCUGCUGCUGCUGCUGCUGCUAAGGAAGGACGCCUCCAUCUCCGGCCGCCUCCUGACUGACCACCCCAGGCUUCGCCAGCUGACCCUCACCCGAUGUCUCUGCCGUCGCGUCCCAAGCGCUGCUCCCGCCCGAGGCGGCUGCUCUGGGGCCUCUUCUCCAGCCUGGCUGCCCUCUCAACCCUCAGCUUCCUGCUCAGCGGUGGCCAUGAGGUGCUGCUCUCGCACUCGCUGCCCUAUGUCCUGCCCGGCGGGGGCCACCCCAUUGGCACCCCACUGCUGCCCUCCGCAGAUGCCUUUCUGCUCCUGCCGAGGCCUGAGGCCUGCACCCCCCGGGCCCCCUCCCUCCUGGUCCUGGUGGCCAGUGCCCCUGGCCACGACACCCGCCGCCAGGCCAUCCGCGCCACCUGGGGGGGCACCCACUGGGCCGGGGAGCUGACCGUCCGGACGUUCUUUGCACUGGGGGUGCCCUCGGAGCCCCAGCUGCAGGCAGCGCUGGAGGGAGAGGCGGCAGAGCAUGGGGACCUGAUCCAGGGGCGCUUCCUGGACACCUACGCCAACCUGACCCUCAAGACGCUGGCCCUGCUGGGCUGGGCGGUCACCCAUUGUCCAGGCGCCCUCUUCCUAGCCAAGGUUGACGAUGACGUCUUCCUCAACCUGCCCACCCUGGCGGAGGAGCUGGGUCGCCGCGCUACCCUGGAGCCUGCCUACCUGGGCCGGAUCCACUGGCACGUCUGGCCCAACCGGGACCCCCGCAACCGCCACCACGUGCCGGCCACCCUCUACCCAGGGGGCUCCUUCCCCCCCUACUGCAGCGGCUCGGCCUACAUCCUCUCAGGGGCCGCCGUGCCCGCCCUCCUGGGCACCGCCCGCCAGGUGCCCCUCGUCCCCCUGGAAGACGUCUUUGUGGGCCUCUGCGCCCACCGGGCGGGCAUCGUCCCCCAGCACCUCACCCACAUGGCUGGGGCCACCCACCUCCCAGUGGACCCUUGCUGCUACCGGAGGGUCCUCUUCAGCGUCCACGGAGUGAGCCCCCAGGACAUGGUAGCCGCCUGGGAUGCGGCUGCCCCCCACGAGGAGGUCUGCAGCCUCUGGCAGCGGGCACUGGGCAUCCUCCGGUGCAAGGCCCUGACCUGGAUGGCUGCCCUCUGAGGACUCUCCGCAGCGCUAGACCAGACGGAGGUCAUGCAGGGAGGCUCUGGACAAGACAGCAAUGUCCGUCCAUCCAUAAGGCCAAGGCUCUCUGAACAAGUGGGCAGUGUCCACCUAGGAAGCCAGACCAGAUGGAGGCCACGCAGAGGCUCUCCAAACAAGUGGGCAACCUCGGUCUGUCUGUCCAUCCACCUGCAGGUCUCUCAACAGGGUCAAGACUGGACAAGCGGCCAAGCUCCGUCUGUGCCCUCAGGCCUCUCACCGAGACACACCAGCCAGAAGGUCAUGUAGGGACACUUCAGACAAGUGGACAACCUCUGUCCAUCUGUAUUUCCAAAGCUCUCCAGAGAAGUGAAGAGCCUCCAUCUGGGAAGCCAGGCCAGCUAGACGUCCCACAGGGACCUUCUGGUCAAGUAGACAACCUCCAUCUGAGAAGCCAGACCAGGUGGACGUUACUCAGGGACCCCCUGGAGAAGUGGACAACCUCCGUCUAUCCAUCAGCUUGUCAGCAGGACCAAGGCUCUCUGAACAAAUGGACAACCUCCGUCCAGUGAGGGCUCCGCGAAGCCAGCCCUCACUCCUGCUUCUGCUGCUUCUUUGGACUUGAACCCAGAGUGGACAAAGAGAGGCAGCUCAUCUGGUUUUUUUACUGAUGGGGGGGGGGGGGAGGAGAGACCAUCCCACUGAACUGACCACUACCUCAGAAGCUCUUGGCUCAGAGUGUCCCCACCCCUGGAAAGCCUGCAGCGCCCCUUGCACUCAGCCCCGGCAGCCAGGCCGUCUUUCCUUGCAGGGAGGGCGUUCUUCUUUUCAUAAUUACGAGCCUCCUGAUGUAAAUUAAGAGCCAGUGUCCAAAACCUGACGUAUUGAGCUCCCCUCUUUUGAGGGGAGAGGAUAGAAGGGAGAGCUGUAAAGCCAUUGAUUGAUUGAUUGAUUGAUUGGAUGUCCCCCUGUGGGGAAGGGCCCAGACCUUUGCACUCUAAAGAAGGGACAUUAUAUGCAAAGGAGAAGUAAUUGCCCCUUGAGCUGCCUCCAGGUUUGUUUGCUUAAGCCACUGUGACGGAGAUAAGAUGGGGACUUGAACCCGGAACCCUCGCCCUGAAAAGCCACAGAAGUGUUUUGGGUGCGGCUGAGGCUCAGCCCUUGGAGAAGCAAAAGGGAAAGGCCCCACUGAGCUCUGGCUCUGCCCCAAAGGCAAAUAUCAGUAAAAAUGAUGAUGAUGAUGAUUACUAUUAAAGCCAAACUGCGAUGAGAAAAAGGUGACAAAAGAUGGGGGAUGGGGGACCCAGGAGGGCCAAGACCCCCGCCCCAAACCCCAGCCAGAGAGAUUUCUCUGCAAACGCAAGUGCUAAUCCUGCAGUGGCCAUUUUGGAGCAGGAACCGUCGUCCACUGGGGCAGUGUCUAGAUUUGUUCAUAGGACUACAAUUCCCAUCUGUCCCAGGCGAAGGUUGGGGAUUCUGGGAGGUGCAGUCUAACAGCAUGGGGAGAGUGGACGCCUCCACUGCCCAAAAGGGUCUUCAGCUGCUGAGAGGAGGAGGAGGAGAUGGGAGGCCCCUUUAGUGAAGGAUGCUGGGAGAUGCAGUAGCAAUGCAGGACUGGCAAGUGGGUCGGAGGGUGGGCCAAGGACCCCUCUUCCUCUUCCUCCUGGAGAGAAGUGACCAGUGGGGUCCCACAGGGCUCUGUCCUGGGUCCAGGGCUAUUCAACAUCUUUAUCAUACUUAUCACAUUUGCAGAGGACACCAAACUAGGAGG